UCCAACACCUUUGUCAGAUCUCUUGGAAUUGCACGCGCAGCCGCUCUGCUACAUACUCUACAAUCCAAAAUCACACCAAUCCAAAAUCUCCAGGCGCGCAGCCAUGGCUGAUGUCUAUUUCGAUAACGCUACGUCAUUGUUCAAAGGCUACGAUAUUGUAGAGGAGCAAAUCGAAUGCCUCAAAGACGCUGUUGCCAAAAAAGUGACGAGCCAAGAAGCCGCCAAAACGCUCACAACAUAUCCAGACAAGUCAAGUACGCCUGUUGAACUGUUACAACGAAUGGGUGCACUUUGGACACUGCUCAACGAUACCGCGGUAUUGCUUCCGUCGGCUCAAGGGUGCAUCAUCUCCAUAUUAUUCGAGAUCAAGCAGCUGCCAAGGGUAGACGUUCCACGCGGUGAAGGCGAGGAGUACAUGGACUUUGACGAAGGCUUCUACUGGAAAGAACUGACGGGUUGGGCGAACAACUGGGCAGACAAUUCCAACUCAUGGGGGGCGCGGUUUCUCAUCGAGAAGUCUACCGGCGAAGAACGGAAGAAGAGACGUCAACGCUGGGUAAAUGCAUGCGAAUAUACCGCGCGACUGACUGCGACAAAUGAUCGAGCUCUUUCGUCCUACGGUGCGGAUCUCGAAAGAGCCACACAUGCCAUCUCCACAGCCUUGGAGAGCGAUACAGGUGAUCAAUGGAAAGAGAAUUUGGAAGCUGCUGCCGUUUUGUUCAUACAUGCAGGACAGGAGUUGUAUCGUCGCUGUGCAGAGGGCGAGACCGAAGGCAUGCUGGAAGGCAAGGGUGAACUCUGGAACGGCGGGAAAGGGUUUUCCUUGGUACGAUGGCGCUUUUGGUUGGAAAGAUGGACCGCAUUGACUCAUGAAGAUAACCUGUCUGAAGAGAAUCGGAAAGUCGCGCAGUCUGCGCUGAACGUGAUGCGAGAUAUGGACGCGAAAGAAACCCAGUAA